CUCCCCUCAGAGGAGGCGCGUCCUCCUUCCGCUUUCCCUCUCGCGUACGGGCGCCUCCGGCCUAGCCCGGCCCCCUCUAGCGGUGCCUCUGAGCCCGAGCUCCUCCUCAGCUUUCGGGGGAUGUCGCGCCCGAGCAGCGUCUCCCCGCGGCCUCCCGGAGGGGGCGGCGGUCCUCCCAGCAGGGGCCCGUCCACCGCCGCCGCCUCGUCCUCCUGCUCCGGCAGCGGCCGCUCCAAAGGGCUGAAGGACAUUCGCAUCGACGAGGAGGUGAAAAUCGCCGUGAACAUCGCUCUGGAGAGGUUCCGCUAUGGGGACCAGCGAGGUAACGGUUCCCCUUCCCUUCCCCCGAGGGUGGAGGAGGGGGUGGACCUGCAAGCGGCCCCAGUCGAAAGAGGCGGGUUUGUUAUGGUGGGUCUUCGCGGGUCAGCGCCUAGUUAGUCCAUCAGGGCGCCGAAGGAGUCCAGGCAACCAGUUGUAGUCGAGAACAGGGUUGCUUUUCAGUAAGCCUAUUAAAACCGAAUUAUUAUUACUUUUUUGCAGCCCUGUGCUGAACAUCACCUGCCAGCACUAGCUCUGCUGCAUCCUUGGUGAAGGCAUACAGUGGUACCUCGGGUUACAUAUGCUUCAGGUUACAGACUCCGCUAACCCAGAAAUAGUAGAUCGGGUUAAGAACUUUGCUUCAGGAUAAGAACAGAAAUUGGGCUUCGGCAGCGCGGCGACAGCAGGAGGCCCGAUUAGCUAAAGUGGUGCUUCAGGUUAAGAACAGUUUCAGGUUAAGAACGAACCUCCGGAACGAAUUAAGUACUUAACCUGAGGUACCACUGUAUUAGUCUUGAUCUUGCUUUUGUAUGUACCUGCCAACUCCUAGAGGCUAUGGGGUUUUGGCCCCACAAAAUGAAAUGUUUGAGGGCGCCGUCCCUCCCAAAAAGUUGAUGGGCAUUGCUAUGAUGUGCACUAUAACAUGUGAUUAUGUGGGGUACAGCUUACGUGCCACCCCCUAUUUUAUUCAAGUUGGCACCUCUGCUAUAGAUGUGGUGGCGUGGCUGUAUGCAUCCAUAGGGAGCUGUCUUGCCAUGGGUCAGAUCACCGUUCCUUCGUGCUGUCUCAGUGGCUGGCAGCAACUCCAUGGGCUAGGGAACUAACCUUUGUCCUUUUCCAGUCUGGCACCCAUCUUCAGCUCAUAUAUGACCCUUGACCCCCAAAUGUUGCUGGAGUUCAAUUCAUCGUCCCUGACCAACUGGUCAUACUGGAUUGGGUUGAUGCAGAACUACAGGUCCCCAUUGUCUACUAUAGGGUGCAGUUUACCCCACUGGCCUCUUUAGUCCAGUGCUGCUGUUUGAGAUCCUUUCACUGGAGAUGAUGGGGACUGAACCGGGGAUCAUGGGCAGGCAAUGCAGGAGUUGUAUCACUUAUGUAGAAGAGGCCCUUCCCAUAUUUAAGUAUGGCAUAUACCAUUUUUAUCUGUAAUCUGACUUGAACCCUGUCAAGGGAAAAAGACAGACUAUAAAUAAAAUAAUAAUACGGCAUGCAUAUUUGCUUUUCAUGCACUUAUAUAGCAAAACCCAAUGAAUGGAGCAUAAAAAAUGGUCAUGCUGGAUCAAACUAAGUUGCUGCACUAUGUUUCUAGCAGCAGCAAGCUUUAUACUGUAGAAAGAUCACUAGCAAAGUGAUGGCUAGCUCAUAGUUUGUCCUCUACCUCUGGACAUACCAGAACAGCAGCUAAUAGCUGUGGCAAUUACCAUAGUAGUAGUAGUAAUAAUAAUAAUAAUAAUAAUAAUAAUAAUAAUAAUAAAUUUUAUUUAUAUCCCGGCCUCCCCAGCCGAAGCCGGGCUCAGAGCGGCUAACAUCAAAUGUAUAACACAUUAACAUAAAAUCAGACAAUCAAUUAAAAUAAAUCCUCAAAUCAGAUCAGGAUCAGAAUAAAAUCCAAUCAGAUGGCAACCCGCAGAUUAGGGUUGGGGACCUUAAAUGUUUAAAUGCUUAAAUAGCUUGUGGUAGUAACUUUCACACACUAAUUGUUUUAAACUAUGCAUUGUGUGAAAUAUCUCCUUUGUUCCUCCUUCAUCUUUCUUUCUGAUCAAAUUCAAUACAUAGUGUGAUCCUAUUCAUAUCUACCCUGAAGUAAGCCUUAUUCCCCUUACCUCUCUCACCCUGACCUCGCCACUGUGAUCCAUGCCACGGUCACCUCCAGGCUUGAUUAUUGUAACUCACUCUACAUGGGGCUGCCCUUGAAACUGACCCAGAAACUCCAGUGGGUGCAGAAUGCCAUGGCAAGACUCCUUACGGGGUCUUCGCCUUGGGAUCACAUUCACCCAGUGCUAUACCAGCUGUACUGGCUUCCGGUGGAGUAUAGGAUCAGGUUUAAGGUGCUGGUUUUAACCUUUAAAGCCCAAUAGGGCCUAGGACCCUCGUACCUACAGGACCGCCUCUCCUGGUAUGUCCCUUACGGUCUGCAGAUAACAACACCCUGAAGAUUCCGGGCCCCAGGGAGAUUAGACUGUCCUCAACCAGAGCCAGGGCCUUUUCGGCCGUGGCUCCGGCCUGGUGGAACAUUCUCUCACAAGAGACCAGGGACCUGCGAGAUUUGACAUUCUUCCACAGGGCCUGCAAGGCAGAGUUGUUCCGCCAGGCCUUUGGUCAGGGUUCAGUCUGACUCAUUUUCUUGUUGUAUAAGAACAAGCAUGAAGGAGGUUUCCCAGCCUGCUCACAGGUCCUUAUAAUAUCAGUGGAAACAGUUGGUCCUGACGAGUAUUAACCGCUUUCAAUUUUAACCUGAGGAUUGUCAUUUGUCCAGUUUUAACUUUAACUUUAAUUUAUUUCAAUUAAUUUUGGGAUGCAUUUUAAUCAAUUGAUUGCUUGUUUUUGUGCAUAUUGUAUUAUUUAUAUGAUGUUAGCCGCUCUGAGCCUGGCUCUGGUCGGGGAGGGCGGGGUACAAAUAAAAAUUUAUUAUUAUUAUCAUUAUUAUUAUUAUUGAAUUCAAUGGGACUGAGUUCUAUGAGAGUGAGUGCAGUUCUUAGUUUAUCGUCCUUAAAAGUCAUUGCUUGUUUAUUCAGGGGUGAUGUAUUUCUACUAUGUAGACAUAGUUGUAUGUAGGCACAUACAUGUAUGCUUUCUCUUUCAGAAAUGGAAUUUCCUUCCUCCUUGACUAGUACUGAAAGAGCCUUCAUUCAUCGACUGAGUCAAUCGCUUGGUUUGAUUUCUAAAAGUAAAGGGUAAGUAAGUACCUUGCUAAAAAUACUUACCCAUGUGAAUGGGAAAAUAGGCAUCUUUCUGGCACAAUUUUGUUUUUCAGUUUUGAGUAUUGUCUUGAGGUGGAAUUCUUCCUGAGAGUCUUUGUGUUCUGUUGUUUCAAACAGUUCUGUGUAGAAGUACUGCCAGGGUGCGGUGAGAUAUCUGUUGACACUGCUGAAGCAGAUUCAUAAUUUGGCCUUUGCCCGAUUACCUGUGAUAAGUAGUUGUUCCUUUAAGGUGACCACAUAUGGCUUCCAAGUUUGGACUGUGUAGCCAUUGCUGCAGUAACUUUUUCUUCUGCAUGCUACCUACUUUGUAAGGCAGCAGAGAUUGGCUGCUGCAGCUGUAAUGCCACUGCUAUACCAAAGAUUUUGGAGCACACCAGGUUGAGGAAGGCUGUGUCUUGCUCUGAGGGGUUAGGGUUCUUAUAUGUUGGGCUACUAAACUGAGAUAUGAUUGUCCCUAAUGAGACUAUUGUGUCAGGCAGUGAAGAGAUUUGAAGCAUACCUACUGGAAAACAAGACCCAACCAAAUCAGAUUUGAAGUUAGAUGUUUACUAUGCCGAACAUUAAGCCACCUUGAUACUUUGUCUUUAUGCAGGUACUUAAUCCAGGAUCAAAAAUCUAUGGCAUGUAGCAUCUGAAACAAUAUUUCUGAGUCAGUGUAGCUGACACUGACUCAAAAAGCACAGCAAUGUGUUUAAUUCACGUAUUUGGGGAGUCCUAGCAUAUCUUAAUGUUUUGAGAAACCUGCUUCACUGUGGGUCUUAUAAUUCACCUGUGUUUGUAAAGGUUACUCCUGGUGCUGAAUAUGAAAUGAUUCUUCCUUUUUUAUUUUUUAGGAAAGGUGCAAGCAGAUAUCUAACUGUGAAGAAAAAAGAUGGCUCAGAGUUGGCACAUACAGUAAUGACAUGCAAUUUGAUUCCCAACACAAAACAUGCUAUCAGAAGCCUUGUACAGCGAUUUCCUGUCACCAAUAAAGAGCGCACCGAGCUUCUACCAAAGACAGAGAGAGGAAAUGUUUUUGCUGUUGAAGCUGGUGCGUUGAGUAUAUUCUGUUAAGAAAUAUAAUGGUGAAUUGUGAAGGGAAAAUUUAUUGCGUACCCCAAGCUAUGCUUGGAAACUCUUGGAGGUCUAUAGCUUAUGUGUGUAUAAUGACACAAUUACAACUGCAUAAUGUUUUUGCAAAUGUGGUUGCCAUAUAAGUGCUGGUGCGUUCAUUGCAUUUUGAUGGUGCUGCACUACCUUGUUGCCAUUUUAUUUUUGGAAAGAAUUGCUAGGUGGAGAAUGAAAGCGCUUCCCCUUGCAAGCUGUGCAUUCUGAUAACAUGAGGUACACCUAAAUGAGCACGAUCAUGCACUAGCUUUUCAAAUUAAAAUGCGUAAAAAUUGUGGCACAUCAAACCAAAGGAGACCAUGACUUGGUUCUCCUGUGCCCCCUCUUUGAACAGAAGGCACUGUAAUAGAGCCAGAGGCUCCCAUUCAUGGGAGGACAAGCCAUUUUUGCCAGUUCACUUUUCCCAGGCAGCCACACAGUUUCUGGCAAGUCCCCCAGCCCUACCAAGCAGAUUUUGAGGAAGGAAUUUGAGGUGAACAUUCUACCUUUCCUGUCUGUAAGCCAGGAGUAUUCUGUAAGCAGAUAUGGAUAUCGGGUGGACAGUGAGAAAAUGUAAACUAAGAGACAAAUACAGGGCUCUUCCUGUGAUGCUUCCAAAGCAUUUUUAUACUUGCCUAGCCGUGUAAAAGGACCAUUUUCUCUCUAGAAAACAUGCAUUUCUUCUUACGGUAGACUGAAGCUCAAUGGUAUGAUCUACAGUUUUGCUGUGUUAUGGAGCACUGUGGGAUGCUGUGCUAAAGCCAUUUCAACCCCACCAAACCCUAUGCAUGCAAAACGAUUGGGAGAUUGUGUGGUUCAGCGGCCAAUGAAGAAAUAGCCUUUUAAAAGACUUAACAAGAACGGUCAUUAACAGCUUUCAGUAAGGACCAAAGUUUGUGACAUGCUAUGUCGCAGGUGUUCAGAGCAGCCACAGCAGCACUAAUAGUUGUGCAGCUGCUAAGCUGCAACCUCACGUUUGGCUGUAAACAUGGGCAGAGCUAAAUGUGUAAGUGAAGCAUACCAUUUCUAAAGAUAAAAGCCUUGUUUGUGCUUAGCACUGAGUACUCCCCAACCCCUGUGUAGUGAUAUAAUUAUGUGCUGUUAGCACGGUUGUUUACUUCCCCCUCCCCUGGGGGGAAAAACGUAAUCUUGAUUAGUUUGCUAGGAAGUAUUCAAUUUUGCAUACUUAAAGACUGGGCGCGCAUCUGUUUAAAUUAAUAGCAAGUUUGGUGCAGUCAUCACUUUUGUCUUUUCUUAGAGAAUAGAGAAAUGAGCAAAACAAGUGGGCGACUUAACAAUGGCAUCCCUCAAAUCCCAGUGAAACGGGGAGAAUCUGAAUUUGAUUCGUUUCGGCAGUCUCUACCAGUUUAUGAAAAGCAGGAUGAAAUUGUUAGAAUUAUUAAAGAAAAUAAAGUUAUUUUGAUUGUGGGGGAAACUGGAUCAGGAAAAACUACUCAGGUAUGUAUUCUAUCAGAAUUUGAAAUGGAAAGAUCUUUUGAAUUGCUUAUUUACAAAUUCCAAAAUAGUUUAAAUCUCAAGUACUGUAUUUUUCGCCCUGUAGGACGCACUUUUUCCCCUCCAAAAAUGAAGGGGAAAUGUGCGUGCGUCCUAUGGGGCGAAUGCAGGCUCCUUGGCUUCAGCGAUAGCAACGUGAAGCCAGAAGAGUCUGCUCUUUGAGGCUGGCGGUGGGGGAAAGCAGCGCUUCCCCCCAUUGCCAGCCCCAGAGGAUGGGGGGGCAGCGGGAAGGCACGCAACGCCUUCCUGCUACUCUCCGACCCAGCUUUGAGGCUGGCGGUGGGGGAAAGCAGCGCUUUCGACAAGCUGGGUCGAAAAGCCCGCAGGAGCCGUGCGCUCUUUAAAGGGGCUGCGCGGCUUCUGCUGGGCUUUCUACGAGGUGAAAAUUUUCCCCUCCGCAGCUCUGGGAGCAACGGACAGGCUGCACGCAGCCUGUGCGCUACUCCAAGACCUUCUUCCUGCUUUUGUGGGGGGUGGCGGAAUUCCCCCACCUCCCGCAAAAGCCCACAGGAGCCGCGGGCGACUCCUGCGGGCUUUUCGACCAGGAGGGAGAAUGGAAUGAAACGGCCAGUCAGCCCCUUCUCCCUCCUUGGGGAAAAGCCCCCAAGAGUAGCGCGCUCUUUAAAGGCUGCAAGGCUCCUGCGGGCUUUUCUACGAGGUGGGGGAAUUCCCCCAACUCGUAGAAAAGCCCGCAGAAGCCGAGCAGCCUUUAAAGAGCGUGCGGCUUUUGCCUGCUUUUGCGGGAGGUGGGGGAAUUCCCCCAUCUCCCGCAAAAGCCCACAGGAGGGAGAAGGGACGGACUCGGCCAGUACGUCCCUUCUCCCUCCUUGGGGAAAAGCCCGCAGGAGCCGCGCAGUCCUUAAAGAGCGCGCGGCUCUUGGGGGCUUUUCCCCGAGGAGGGAGAAGGGACUGACUGGCCGUUUCAGUCCCUUCUUCCUCCUGGUCGAAAAGCCCGCAGGAGUCGCCCGCGGCUCCUGUGGGCUUUUGUGGGAGGUGGGGGAAUUCCGCCACCCCCCACAAAAGCAGGAAGAAGGUCUUGGAGUAGCGCACAGGCUGCGUGCAGCCUGUCCGUUGCUCCCAGAGCUGCGGAGGGGGAAAUAAUAUUUUUUCCUUGAUUUCCCCCCCCGAAAACUAGGUGCGUCCUAUGGGCCGGUGCGUCCUAUAGGGCGAAAAAUACGGUAUUUAGUUUUGUCUACUAAUGGAAAUACACUUUCAUUUUGAUGACUUAUUUUUUCUGGUUACUUAUAAAGUUCCAACAACUUUGAUUUCUUAUGCAUUUUACUACUGAAGCAUCUUUUUGCAGAAAACUGAUAUCUACUAAGGACACUUGGAGUGGGUUUGGCUGGACCACAUUCUCAGUUGGUCGUAAUAAAUUGUGUCCUGGUUCACAUGUCAUCCUAAGUUAAAAUAUUGCUUAGCAGGACUGCUUGAUCAUGUGGGCUUCCAGAGAAAAGCUUGAGCUGUUUUGCUCUUGCCUGGUCCGUGGUUUGGCCUAGUACGUCGUCUGAACAGGUGCUUGUGGUUAAGUUCUCUCUUCACCCACCAGGAGCUGUAACCAAAAGUCCUGGUUUGUACAAGAUACUGAGUUAGCUUUUGGCUUUGAUUGGCAUGGCAUAGCAGCAUAAAGAACAUCUUCUCCAGUAGUCUGCACAGAUUGGCUCAGUAUUAUGUGUGAACUGGGCCUCUUGUGAGGAGGGUGCAGAUUACAACUUUUUCAACGCUAAUCUAAAAUCUCUGUGUUCAGAUUCCCCAGUUUCUACUUGAUGACUGCUACAAAAACGGAAUACCAUGUCGCAUAUUUUGCACUCAGCCAAGACGUUUAGCAGCAAUUGCUGUGGCUGAAAGGGUUGCUGCUGAGAGAAGAGAGAAGAUUGGGCAGACGAUUGGCUAUCAAAUCCGACUGGAAAGCAGGUCCUGCCAAUAUUGCUUGCAGUUUUGGAUAGAAAGUGUUUUAGAAACAUUUAGAAAAAUGUGAGACAAUGGAGCAGAAAUGUAUUACUGUCUUACCUUGGAAGUCGAACAGAAUCCAUUCCAGAAGUCCGUUUGACUUCUGAAACAUUUGGAAACCAAAGCGCGGCUUCUGAUUGGCUGCAGGAAGUUCCUGCAGCCAAUCAGAAGCCACGGAAGCCUUGUCAGAUGUUUGGCUUCCAAAAGAACGUUUGAAAACCGGAACAUUCACUUCUGGGUUUUUUUAUCUUUCUGGAGCUGCAACAUUUGACUCCCAAGGUGUUCGGGAGCCGAGAUACGACUGUACUUGCAAAUAAAAAUUUAACAGGGUAAUUACCUGCUCCCCCUGUUCUUUUAGCCUUUGGGGCUCUUCCUUUCAGAGGUAAGGCAGGUAGCCACGAGGGGUUCCAAAUGUGGCUGCUAUGCUGUUUUGCACAGCUCACCUCUGAUGGCACCUGCAAUUCCUUUAUGAACCUCCUCAAAAGUCAAAGCCAUCUGCUGAAUCUCUGCCUUUCUAAGUUAAGUGGGCCCCAUGCCCCCAGUACAGUGCUCCAUUUAUCAAAUGCUCACCACAGGAAUGCUUGCCUGGUGUAAUUUUUUAUCUGCAUUGGGUGAAGACCUCUUCGUCAAGGUCUUUUAGCCUCCUCUCUUUGCUCUGCUGUUUUAGUAACAUUUCCCUCUUUUUCUGUUCUUGAUUGUUUUAAUUGAAAGCCAUGCUGAAACUUGUGAAGUUGAAAGAGUGGGGUAUUUUAAAUAAAAAAUUUAAAUGUGUAUCGCAUAACACUUCCAUGACACUGUUAAACAGGGCUGCACUGUGGAACCUAAGAAAUGGAAACAAAAGAGCUCUCCAGCUCAGAAUAUAUCAAUGGUAUAGCAUUGUAAAAGUCCAUAGGUGGAAGGCUCGAAAAAAGACACUCUAAUGAGCAGUUUUCAGAAGUCAGUACGUUGAUCUGUUCCAUGCAUUCUGACAGCGGAGACGAGGGUGCAUGUAUCAGAGAGACAGACAGACAGACAGACAGAGUGGGUGUUUUUGCUCCCUUUCUGAACAUAGUACUAUAUAAAACAUGGUUUUGUCCUGAAGAGGGAAGAGGAAGAGGGACUGUUGUCUCUCAGGCAAGUGGUUAUUUGCAAUCUUGUGUCACUAAAAGUUGUAGAUCAGAUAGUAUUUAUGCAUAGUCAACAAUCUUAUGCGGGGCUGGAUGUGAUAAAUUUGUGCUAAAAGUGCAUAUAUUUGCAAUGACUUCAUAUCUGUGUGUUGUGUGCAAAUACUUCUUCAUAAGCUGUUUUGUAUUUUUAACAGGGUCUCUCCAAAGACACUUUUAACAUUUUGCACUAAUGGUGUAUUACUUCGUACAUUAAUGGCAGGAGAUAGUGCACUGUCAACUGUAACUCAUGUCAUUGUGGUAAGGUUGACUAAUUAUUUCUCACGAAAAUAACUAUGCCAAAUUUUUGAAGUUGUGAAACUUGACGUAAAGUUCUUCUUGUUAGUUCUUUAUUAAACUUUAUGCAUAAAUUGACACAAGGAGCACCAUGAUCAACUUUAUAGUUUUGGAGUUGGCUGACAUAUGAAGGAACUUGUAGUUGAAUGCAUGACUUUGAGCCACUUGCUGUCAGAUGUGUUCAUUCAGAUAACCAAGAGGCUACAAAUAGCUUAUGGUAGGCACAUAAAGCUUGAUAACUACAAUUCUGAACUUGAGUUGUGUCUACCUUAGUCAACAGAGUACUAAAGCCUUAAAUGGCUCAGGAUACGGUAUAGAAAUUUAACAUAAUAAUAAUAAUAAUAAAUAAAUAAAAAAACAGGCCCAGUUUUUAUUCAAUAAAGUUGUCUUUAGUGGACAGUGAAUGGCUGAUUAAAAACUAAAGGAGAGCUUAACUGUCACGUCUGCUAUGGUGUAAACUUGUCACCAGCAGAGAACUGUGGAAUGAUGUAUGCACCAAUGAACUAUAAGAGUACACAGGUGUUAACAUGUAUCCCACAACAUCAGAUGUGCUGCUAGACUGAUGACAUGGUGAAACCCUGAAGCAAAGAACAUGCUCACAAGAGAAAGCAUGAAAGGGAUAAGAGGAUAGGGUGGCAUGUCUGCAAGAAUGGCUGAGUAGGAGUUGGGUAGAACAUAAUACCUAACACGCUGAAUAAAUUUAAUCUAGUAAAAUGUUAGUCAAAUAAGCUUACUUCAGCACUUCUGCUAAUAUGAGAAAGAUUACUGCUUCUGGAUGAAUGCUGUGUUAAUCUUAUAUAGAUCACGAUAAAUGCCUAGCAGGUGUAUUUGCAAAAAUAUAAAACUAUUGUCAACAAAUGACAAAAAUUGUAAUGCAGAACUUAUGUAGUAUAUUGUGGCAAACUUCUUAAGCUCUGUUCUAAAGAGGGCUCUCUUUCUUGUUUAUGUUGCAGGAUGAAGUCCAUGAGAGAGAUCGGUUCAGCGACUUCUUGUUAACAAAGUUAAGAGAUACGCUACAAAAACACUCAUCGUUGAAACUCAUACUUUCUAGUGCUGCCCUGGAUGUGAACCUCUUUCUCAGAUAUUUUGUAGGCUGUCCAGUGAUAUAUAGUAAGUUCAAAUGCUAGUAGGAAUCAGUCUACUAAAUUAAGUUGAAUGCAUUUUCCUUAGCUUGGUGUAGUACAUAUCAAACCUUGGAAACAAAUCAAUGUAUUAUUUUUUUUGUUACUAUUACUACUGCUACUACUGCCUUUCACACACAUGCCUCAAGGUAAUGUGCAAAAUGCAACAAAAAAAGGUAAAAGUCACACAUAAAUUGAGAGCAGAUAUAUUUUAAAACAAUACAAAAUAGACAUCCAUGGCGGAGACCUAUUCAUCUGGCUGAGAAAGCUUGUAACAAUUAGUAUACAAUUUCCUUAAUCCAAUAUGCAAAUAUUAAAGCUGCAUUUCUAUAAGUAGAUUUCCGGGUUUUUGCCACGCGCACAUGCGCAGAAGCAGCCCUCUGGUUGCGGAAACCUCGGGAUCCGACCGGAGCUCCGGAACGGAUCCCGGCCGCAACCGGAGGUACCACUGUAUAGAGAGAAAGAGAUUUAGCAGGUUUAAGUAUGAUAUUGAUUAUUAUUAUUAUUAUUAUUAAGCUUACAGGUUUAAGUAUGAUAUUCAUGAUUUAGCAUAAACUUGAUUAUUUAUAUUCAUGUCUUCAGUACCAGGAAGACCAUUUGAAGUAAAAGAGAUGUUCCUUGAAGACCUACUUAGAAGCACAGGCUACACAAAUAAAGAGAUGAUCAAAUACAAAAAGGAAAAACAGCGAGGUUGGUAUCUAUAUAUGCAGGUGUUAAGGGAGAUGUAUCUAGAGCAAAACAAACAUUGUAAACACUCUCCCCCCCCCCCCCAAAUAUACUGUGAAACACUAGUAAGUAAAUACAGUGGUGCCUCGCAAGACGAAAUUAAUCCGUUCCGCGAGAGUCUUCGUCUAGCGGUUUUUUCGUCUUGCGAAGCAACCCUAUUAGCGGCUUAACGGAUUAGCGCUAUUAGCGGUUUAGCGGCUCUUAAAGGCUUAGGGGAUUAGCUGCUAAAAGGCUAUUAAAGGCUAUUAAAGGCUUAGCAGAUUAGAUAAAGGGGGGGAAAAGCGAAAAAAAAAUCUCUAGACUCGCAAGACAUUUUCGUCUUGCGAAGCAAGCCCAUAGGGAAAUUCGUCCUGCGAAGCAACUCCAAAACGGAAAACCCUUUCGUCUAGCGGGUUUUCCGUCUUGCGAGGCAUUCGUCUUGCGGGGCACCACUGUAUACAUUUUCACCUUUACUCCUUUUUUGUGUGUAAAACAUUUAAAAAUGUUCUCCAGAGGAAAAACAACAGACAACUCUGACUGAAUGGUAUUCUGCACAAGACAACAGCAAGCCAGAAUUGCAGCGCCAGAGAGCAAUACCAAAUGUAGCUGAAGAAUAUGAUCUGUUGGAUGAUGGUGGCGACACAGUGUUCAGUCAGCUGGUAUGAAUUUGUUUAAGGAUUCUAAUAUUUCAUGUUGAUAGGAAUUGUUAUGGAACAAGAACAGUAUGAUCUAGAUUCAAAUUUCCACCAACAUUCAUUUGCGUUUGAAGCUCAUAGUCAGCAUAGUCUCCUCUGCAUACACAACAGAUGUGCAUUCAUAGAGGUCCCUCUGACUUUUUCUACUCUCCAGGAUUUCUGUAAAGUCAGGCUUCUGCUUCACCUUUCCAAGAGACUCAUUACUGUUUUCAUACAAUAUGUUACAGUGAUUAUGCCUGUUUUUGUAUUUGUGCAUGGUGGGGCUCUUUAAAAAAAAUUUUUUUAACACCUAUGUGUAAUUCUGUGUUGUUUUUAAAUGUGGGAGUAGCAUGAGUUCGGGAUGCCUUGCCUUCUGUGGAGGACUUUCUCUCACUUUGGCACAGUAAAAGCUACUUUUAAACUUGAGAGGGAGGGGCUGCCAGAACAGAAAGUUGACAGCAAAAAGCUCCACUAUGUAUAUAGAUCUAGGUCCUUGACCUCUCUUUAACUUAAGAGUGUUACUUCCCAUAUUGUAUAUUAUUAUUCAUGACAAUCAACCUGGAAGAAAUCCUUUCAGUAAAGUCAAAGAAAGGCCAAUGAAGCAUGCACCUAGCAUGCAAGUUUUGAAACAUUGAAGCCUCUUAUUCUGUCAGUUUUAGGGUGAGGAAAUAGCGACCGGAGAUCUUCUGUUGCUCUUAGAUAGCAUUCAGAUAAAAAGGUAAUGUUGUUUCCUUAUUUUCAGGCUGAGAAAGAUGUCAACUGCCUUGAACCUUGGUUAAUUAAAGAAAUGGAUGCUUGUCUCUCUGAUAUUUGGCUACACAAAGACAUUGAUGCCUUUGCACAGGUGUUUCACCUUAUUUUAACUGAAAAUGUCAGUGGUAAGUUUGCAUUCUUAACUUUCCCUUGCUGAACUGUGCACCUAAGCCAUAAAUACCUUAUUUGCCCUAAAAAAUAAUAAUCCGAUCCAUACCUUUUAAAAAUAAUAUGCGUUUUCUUGGAGUUAAGUGUUUUCUUGGAGUUAGGUGUUUUCUGGAACUAUUUAAAAUUAUUUUUGAAUAAGUGGACUGGGACUAAUGAGCAAUCACUAUAGGCAAGAUCCAACCCUCUGCAGCAGGGGGCAGGGUGGCGGGGGGGGGGGGGAGAAUGGCAAGUUUCACUGCAAAAAUGGAAGGUCGUUUUGCAAGUGGAAUGCCACAGUUGGUGUUUCUGCAAUAUUCAUAUUUUCCCAAAGCAUAGGAAGCUGCCCUAUACUGAAUCAGAUCAUUGGUUCAUCUAGCUCAGUUUGUCCACACUGACUGUCAGUGAUCGAACCCGCGACCUUCUGCUUGCAAAACAGAUACUGUACCACUGAGCAAUUCCUUUUCCUUAAACAUGCAGCUUAAUCUUCUGUAUAUUUCCUCUGGAGCAAGUUCCAGGUAAAUGUAAAUAGUUUUGAACCCAAAGUAAUAAGAAUCCAUGCAAGCUACUCUUUAAAGUUGUGGACCCUGGGUUAGUUGAAAUCAGUGGAGUGCGUUUGCCAUAAUUUAAAUGGAUUUCCCAUUGAUUUCAGUGGGAACUAAGUGCAGCUAAGUUGGUAUGGAUCCAACCCAGAAUGUUCUGAAAAGAUUUUGCCGAAAUAGUUUGGAGAGUUGAGCAUUUGUUGAACACUAACUUUCCCCUUCUCCUUGUCCUAGUUGACUACAGGCACAGUGAGACAAGCGCAACGACUUUAAUGGUAGCUUCUGGAAGAGGUUUCUUGAGUCAAGUAGAACAGCUUAUUGGUAUGGGAGCAAACAUUCACAUCAAAUCAUCCAAUGGCUGGUAAAACAAUCUCAUUGCAACUUUUCCCCAUUCAUUUCGUUGUGUAUGUGCGUGUGUAUGUAGAGAGAAAUCGUGGAUUAUUAGAAAUGUUGGGGGUAAGUUAUAAGCUGUUUUUUAAACAACAAGAUUUUUUGGUUAGUUCCCACACUAUCUACUCCACAUUGCUGGUGCUAUACUCUGUAUUGCCUGAGAUUUGGCAGACCUAAUUGUCAGAGAUCCAGUCUGUUGUAAUAGAUUUCAGUGUUUGCUUAAAUAUUUGUGUGAUUAUGCUGAAGUAGAUAGACGAAAUUUCAACAAUUUAUAGCUAAUAUAGUGGGAAGUGGGAGAUUAUAGAAUUGUCCUUCUCUUGCCCUACAAGACAAGACCAUCACAAUCUGUUGCAUUACUAAAGCAACUAGCUCCUAUUUACUAGUCUGCGACUUCCCCACCCCUGAAGAGCAAAACCUCAACAAACUCAACUCUAAAACGAGUGGGAUACUUUUACUGUUUACUGCUGCCUUCCCACAGGGGUUAUCUGUGGGGGCCCACAUGCCAGUAGUGGACAUAACUGGUGGCAUCAAUGCCAGAGCAGACAGUGGGCAGAACAUCCCAUUUUUCUCUCCUUUUACCUCCAUACUUUCUCUUUCUGCCUGCUCCUCCAUUUCCCCCCUCCUUCCCACUUGCAUGGAAGUAGGCCGAGGGUUUGCCUGAGGGCUGCAGGUUUGCUCAGCCUUGAUGUAAUGUGCCACAUGAUUUUUGUCCAAAAGUCUCCCAUGUGAAGUUUUUUUUAUUUCUACAAUUCAUUUGGUUGGGUAUGGUAGUUUAUAGUGCUAUGAGUUCAGCUAAUAAAUACAAGUUGUUUAGAAUCUUGUUACUCUAAGUUUGUAUUAGUUCUGCUUUUUCUGAUUAGUGGAACCCUAUUCAGACAUGCCUCUAAUGAGGGUGGAGGACAGAGUAUGUACCUACCUCUCCCACCCCCACCAUGCCUUCAGUAUCCACAUGGUAGAUGUCAUGUUAAAACAGGGCUCAUGCACACAGGCUAGAUGUGCAUGAUGAUUACCGCCCUGUCUUUGAGAAGCAGAAUCAUAGAAUCAUAGAAUCAUAGAGUUGGAAGAGACCACAAGGGCCAUCGAGUCCAACCCCUUGCCAAGCAGGAAACACCAUCAGAGCACUCCUGACAUAUGGUUGUCAAGCCUCUGCUUAAAGACCUCCAAAGAAGGAGACUGCACCACACUCCUUGGCAGCAAAUUCCACUGUCGAACAGCUCUUACUGUCAGGAAGUUCUUCCUAAUGUUUAGGUGGAAUCUUCUUUCUUGUAGUUUGGAUCCAUUGCUCCGUGUCCGCUUCUCUGGAGCAGCAGAAAACAACCUUUCUCCCAAAUUCGGCAGUGCAUAAAUUUGGCCUAUGCUCUCUGACCUCUAAUUUAAGUUCUGUUUUGGUCUUUGUUCCAUUUCAAUUUGACACUCGGCCGUAAGCAGAAAUUGUUUGCAAGAAUCUCCUUCUCCCUGCUUCAAGGAGAAUUGGGGAGAAAUUAUGUGCAAUGUAGACAUAGCUGAAGUUCAGAAUCGGGUAUGUUUCUCUGCACAGUAAAUGGAGGCGGAAGAAUCUUCUCAUGACUUCAAUAAAUAAUAGUAGUCAUUUAGCACUUUUCCUAUUAGCUGGAAGCACUUCCCAAACAUUAUCUUAGUAAAUCUAUAUAAUCAAAAAAGUCUUAAUUAUGUCUCCACAUAUCAAUUAGAGCUCAUUGGUUUUUAAAAGAAAUAGAGCUUUUGAUCAAGUACUGUCCUCUUGGCUCUACUUUAAUUUUUGACUUUUUUUUUAGUAUUGGAAAAAAAUUAUUAUAGUCCUAGGCAAAGGUUUUUUGUAAGUAUCCAGUGGGGUUCUUGCCUCUAGUCAUAUGCAGGCUAAUAAAAUAAGAUUAAAAAUGCCGUCCUGAAUGUAACUAACAAUGAUUGAAAAUGUUCUUUGUUCAUAGGUUACAUUUUUGUACUUAAGCAAAAUGCUUGUUUUAUUUUUUUAUAAUUAUUACAGGACAGCUUUAGACUGGGCUAAGCACUUCGGACAGACAGAAGUGGUUGAUCUGUUGGAAUCCUAUUGGUAAUGUGUUUAUUAACUCUGGAAUCAUAGAAUCAUAGAACUGUAAAGCUGGAAGUGACCACAAGGGUCAUCUAGUUCAAUCCCAUGCAAUGCAGGAAUCUUUUGCCCAAUGUGCGGCUUGAACCCACAUUGCUGAGAUUAAGAGUCCCAUGUGCUACCGACUAAGCUAUCCCAUUGUGCUUGAGUACAUGGCAGAGAACUGCCUGUACUUUCUAAAACAUGGAUAGGGAACUGGAUCUGGCCAGCUGAUUCAAAGGCCCUUGGGUUUGUGGGAAGACUCCUUUGUAGUUUUCAGAUAAUAGUGGAAGUAGAUCAAGGAACCAACAGCCUCAGGAAUUAUAUUUUUCUAAAUCUGCUUCCAUGUUCUGCAAGUAUUGCCAAUUUCUUAACGUGUGUAUUUUUUGGUGCUUGUAUUUUAGUGCCUCACUAGAGUCGGGUAAUCUCGAUGAAAGUUCUUUGGUCCAUGCAAAUGCUAGUGAACUCAGUGCAGAAGACAGAGAACUCCUAAAGGCUUAUCAUCACAGCUUUGAUGAUGAAAAAGUGGAUCUUGACCUGAUCAUGCACCUGCUAUACAACAUCUGUCACAGCUGUGAUGCAGGUAAAUGCAGGUGUAGUGCUUAUUUUCAUUUUAAGCAUCUUUUAUAUGCACAUGCUUUAGUCUGUGCUUUGGCACCUAGACUACUAUGCACAUAAAACAUUUGUUGGAAGCCAAAGGCUGUCGUAUUCCACAUGUGAGCUUGUUAGAAGUAGAGUACUGCAAUAAAUUGACUUUUUUUGUUUGAUCAGCAAGACUGCUCUUAUCUUACAAAUGCAUUUGACUGUGAUUAUGCCCCACUCCUCUUUUCCUCUCGAUGGUUCUUAUAAACUGGGCCCCCAUGUAUAUGAAUGGAGAUGGGCAGGUUUUGCUUCACACUAACAUAUUCUACAUUAGUGGGCACAAGCCUCAAACUUGCUCUUUGUGCCCUCCGACCAUAUGUAGCCCAUCCCUGUCUAGGCUUAGAAUCAUAGAAUUGUUCCAUGAGAUGAAGUUAAGGCUGCUCGUUCCAUAACUGGCUUGGCUUCAUUGUGGUGGGGAAAUUGUUAUCAACUCUCCCACUGGUUCGGAAAUGAUGCAACCGUUCUUAGGAUAUGCACGGUGUUGUUGUUCUCGGGGUUGAUUUGCAGCAUUUUCCCAAUUUCCCGGCAUCGACAGUGUUUGCUGAAUUGCUGGGACCAUCGGGGGUGGGGGGGUCUUUGUCAAAUACAAUUAAAUCUGUCUCUGGCUUUCUAUGUGUCCCAUUUCCCUUGGGAGGGGCAUCACUUGGCAUUGGCUGAUCAGAUUCCAGCUGGAGUAGAGAGUGGUGAAAUUGGCGAGAUUGGUGAAAUUCUGGAUCUGCCAAAGGUAUAAUAGAGUGUCCUUUCUUUGAAUUAUCUAGAUUGGGCUGGCGUUCUUUGUGUGUUUGGCCUUUUUGCUCUGAUGUUUUCCUCUCCAAGGGAGUAUUGCGGCUGGGUUCACCACACAUAUUCAUCUUUGAUGGCCCUUCCGAAUGAAUCAUGGCCCUAUGGCGAAAGCCCUUCGGCAGAGGUGGCGUUGAUUGCUUGGGGUCGGUCCGGCUAUACGACAAGUUUGGCAGUAGUUGUUUUCGUUCUGUGUCUUUAAAAACACGCCUUAAAACAAUAUUAUAGUCCUGUAAAAUGGCCCUAUAUUUCAGUAGCAUUUUAGGGGUAGCUGAGUCAGAAAAUGUCAGCAUGAGUCUAGUGUGCUGGGGGUCCGUGCAAAGCAAGUUUAUCGCGAUCAGAGUGUUGCAAUGGAUAUUUAGUAAAAGCUUAAAGUUUCUCUUCGCACUGUCAAUUGAUUCCCAGUAAGGCAGCAUAACAUUAAAAGGAUAUAUAUCGAGAGCUACUUGAGUACUUUGUAGGAUCAGGUCCCUACUUUCGCUUUUGUUGUUUUUAGUAUUUGUAGUCUCUAGGUUAUCAAGUCCAGACCGGUUACACCCCUGUACGCGAUGGUCUAGAGGGAGGGUAUGUCUUUGAGUUAACAUCUUACAUCAAAAACCUGACAGUACCUAACUAUCGAAGGCUUUUCACCAAAGCCAGACUAAAUGUCUUCGCCUCUGCAGUGCUGGAUGGUAGGUUGAGAGGAGUUCCCUACCAGGACAGACUUUGCUCGUGUGCUCAAGACAUCGAUUCCAUAAAUCAUAUUUUGUUGCAUUGUGCGAAGUAUGAGCAGGCCAGGGCUGAACUGAUACUACCCUUGCUGGUGCCUUUCCCGGGAAAAUCAGAGGCUCACUAUGUCAGGUUCCUACUGGAAGACCAGACAAAAGCCAGAACGUUGGCAGUGGCAAAGUUUUUAUCGGUGGUUGCAAGGACAAAUGAGCCCUAUAUUCCAAUUGUAGAAUUGGAAAGGGCCAUGAGAAUCAUCUAGUCCAACCCCAUGCAAUGUGGGAAUCUUUUGCACAAUGUGGGACUCGAACCCAUGACCCCAUGGGUCUCCUGCUCUACCACCUGAGCUUAUAAUGAAAGACCAGAUGCUAAGCAUAGCUUUCUCUUAUUCUAUUUCCUUUCACUUUGGAACUUUGUCUUAAAGGAGCGGUUUUAAUUUUCCUUCCUGGAUAUGAUGAGAUUGUUGGCUUGAGGGACCGCAUCCUGUUUGAUGACAAGAGGUUUGCUGAUAAUGCUCACAGGUAAAAAAAAAUCUGUAACUCUUAUUUUGGUAUAUUGGUUUUACUCUUAGAAGACUGCAUUUCAUUCAAUUCAUACUUCUUUGCUAUUAGGUUCCAAGUUUUUAUGCUGCAUUCAAAUAUGCAGACAUCAGAUCAGAAGAAGGUUCUAAAGACCUCUCCCCCAGGCAUCCGCAAAAUAGCAAGUAUCAAAUUACUUUUUAACCAUUUCUAUCAAUCCACAUUCUUUUCACAUCAACUGUUAUUACAGUGUAAUGUGUUGUUUCAGAUUCUUUCUACAAAUAUUGCCGAAACCAGCAUCACAGUUAAUGAUGUUGUCUUUGUGAUUGACUCUGGAAAAAUGAAGGAGGUAUGCCAUUUGCCUGUUCAUCUAUUUUUUUUUUUUUAAGAUAACUGCUUAAUAUAAUACAGUCAUACAUCAUGUUACGUUUGCUUCAUGUUACGUUAUUUCAGGUUACGUCCCCCGGUGACCCGGAAGUACCGGAAAGGGUUACUUCUGGGUUUCACUGCUCAUGCAUGCGCAGAAGCGCAAAAUGACAUAAUGCACAGAAGUGGCGAAUCGCAACCCGCACAUGCGCAGAUGCGCCGCUGCGGGUUGCGCUCUUUUCAUGUUGCGAACGGGCCUCCAGAAUGGAUCCCGUUCGCAACCACUGUAGUCUCUAAGUGGUUUAUAUAAAAUGAAGUUUAGCAGUUGCUAAAAAUGAGGUGAAAAUAAAACACAACUGUAUAUUGCAAAAAGCCCCUCAAAUUUAUCUUAGACUCACGUUUAAUUUUAGUUUACCAUAAACUAAAAGUGUGCUGUACUGUAAACAAAACACUUAAAGAAGGAUUUUAGUAUAGUGGCACCUCAGGUUAAGUACUUAAUUCGUUCCGGAGGUCCGUUCUUAACUGAAACUGUUCUUAACCUGAAGCACCACUUUAGCUAAUGGGGCCUCCCGCUGCCGCCGCUCCGCCGGAACACAAUUUCUGUUCUCAUCCUGAAGCAAAGUUCUUAACCCGAGGUAAUAUUUCUGGGUUAGCGGAGUCUGUAACCUGAAGCAUAUGUAACCCGAGGUACCACUUUACAAUGUGUAAAAUAUUGUUACAUGCCACACCAAUCUCCAACUAGUGUGAGAUUCCAGGGGUCUUGGCUUUCACCCAGGGUUCAUGUUUUCCUCAGAAAUAAGGCACAGUGGAGACUGCAGUGUCUUUAUGACUGAUGUGUUUUUACACACGUAUAUAUGCAACCUGAGUCUGUAGUGGAGGGAUUUCCAGCAUUCAGAUUUCAAGAGGAUGUUCUGCUGCUGGAAGGGUGGGACUUGAUUUUUGCCAGUUCCCCAGCAGCUCUCUGUGCCCCUGAAAUGCUGCUUUGGGGAUGGAAACAUGUAAAGUGGAAUCGGGGAAAUUCACCUCCUCCCUUCUCUCCAGCAGGAGCCUCAAAAUGAAUCUCAGUGCCUUCUAUAAAUGGGAAGAGAACUUCUGUUCUUGAAAGGGCAAGCCUGGAUCCAGGCAAUGUAUGCCAAAAUCACCUCACGAAACUAUUGUUAAUUUUGAUUAUUUUAUCAUUCAAGUGUUCAUUUCACCUUGCUGUUCUAAAUCUACAUUCUAAUAAAAGUGUUUUCUUGAAAUUUUAGAAGUCCUUUGAUGCAUUGAACUGUGUGACCAUGCUGAAGAUGGUAUGGAUUUCUAAAGCUAGUGCCGUUCAGAGAAAGGGCAGGUAAUGCAAAUAUCAUGAAUAUUUUAUUUUAAGAUCAGAUUACAGACAGACUAUUCUUACUUUUUCAAAAAGAAAAAAAUAUUUCUUAGAAUUACUGGUAUAAGAUUACUUGAAACAGGUUAAUUUUGAUUUUUAAAAAAGCUUAAAUGUUAGUACUUUUAUUUUUCAACAAAACCUUUCUUAGACCAUUUCUGGAAAUAAUAUCUUUUUGGAGACAUCUGGUUGUGCUUUUCACACUAUUCACUUUGGAUCACACACCAGCCCUGUGUUUAAAAUUUAUAUUAUAGUAUUCUUAUGAAGCGCAUGUUACAUUUCCAAUUAAUUUGAGCCCUUCAGGCAAAAGGUAUAAUGAAUGACACUUCUGAAAGAGCUUAUUUAUGAAAUCUACUUUCUACUUUCAACAUCUCUUUUUCCUGCUUUGAUUUUUAAAAUUCUACUCUUCUAUGUAUUGACUUACCUUAAAUAAUACUUACUGUUUCUAAGGGCAGGACGUUGUCGACCUGGAAUUUGUUUCCGACUUUUUAGUAGACUCAGAUUUCAAAAUAUGCUGGAAUUUCAGACCCCAGAACUACUAAGAAUGCCACUACAGGUUAGUGAUCUUUCUUGUUUUGUUAAGUCCAAAGAGGUCUUUAUAACACAAUGGUCCCACUCAACCUUCAAGCCAAACCAUGACUUGUGCUAACCAUAGUUUAGACUCCAAACCAUGGUUUAGAAUUGUUUGUUUCCUUUUAUUUUCUGUCCUCCCCCCAGUUUACUUGGAGCUGCAGCCUCUGGAGUCUGAAAAAUGGUUCAGGCUUCAGGGUAUUGGAAACUAUUGACCUUUGCUUCCCAGCUGGUUGGGAAGAAUAUGCCAGAAUUCUUCUUUAUUCAUGUCACGCUAAGCUAUGCUUUAGCAGGAUGUGUGAACAUGACCAGUAUGUGGAAGGUUGCUGUUUGAAGCACUUACCAUAGGACACCUCAAUUUUAAAAGAAUCUAAAAUAACCCAUUGUAUUUCUAUAUAAUACUUGUGGAAGUCUGAUCAGUAUUAAGAGGUGUCCUGCACCUCUGCUUCACAUCAUACCAAAAAGCAGCCUUGCACAAUGUUGCAGUGUUGUGUCCGGUGGUAGUCACUGAUGAUGGUGUUGCUGGUUUUGUUUGCCUAUUUGCAUUCCUUUGCAGGAACAACAUUGUAUAAGUUAGCACAGAAUGUCUGUAGAAUGUCACAAGCAAACAUUUUUCUUUAGCUGCUUUUUAAAUAUCAAGGCUUAAGUAGAAAUGAGCAAUUGAUUGCACCUUACGGUGCAAUCGUAGGCAGGAUUCCUUGAUCCCACUGAAUUUGAUGGUACUUGAUUUUCAGUAGAGCAAUUAUAUAGCUUUAAGAUAAAAAUCUGCUUUUACUGCAGACUUGCUAUACUGAAAGUGUGAAUAUUCUUAGUUUCUUUAUUUUUGUUACAGCUUUACCAUAUAUUUUGGAUCAGGGGUGACUAAAGCUGAAUAUUCGAUUUUGUGUAUUUUAGUUCACACAUUUUCAAAUGUCAGACUGGCAUAAGAGUUUGUUAAGUACUAGGGAGCAAUCAGUUUUUCUCCUAUGCAUUUACUGAGCUAAUACUUGGGGGAAAAAAUAAGUAACUAAUUAAUCCUGUAAACAUAUACCCACUUUACUUAUAGAAAUCCCAUUGGAAUCCAUGGCAUUUUUGAACAGACAAAUAUAGAGUUGCACUACAAGCACAUUGUUUAAUAUAUCUAUGCUUAAUCAAGUAUUCUAUGUAUAUGUUUUAAUCUAUGUUUGGUUCUUGCUCCCAAUUAAUUUAAUAAUUAUCCGCUUAGAGAUACAGUACUGUUAUGCUUUUUAUUUAGAUGUUUUGCUUAUGCUGGUCUGUGAUCAUAAUAAAGUAAAUUCAUUCAAUAUAAGGACAUUAUAUUGUGUAUUCUGGUUUUUCUGAAACGUGUCUUAAUUUCUAGGAGCUUUGUUUGCAUACAAAAUUGCUAGCUCCCAUCAACUGUCCAAUUGCUGACUUCUUGAUGAAAGCUCCAGAACCACCUCCUGCUUUAAUCAUAAGAAAUGCUGUACAGAUGCUUAAGGUGAGUAAUAUAAACAAAGCUACUCUUGUCCCUGUAUUUUUACUUAUUACCAGCUUUUAUAAUGAUUCCUAAAACACUAAAUUUUUGCAUAACUACUGAAAUUGCUAGCUCUGAAAAAAUUCCGUAAGCACCUUUCCCAAUUUCAUCAGUGCCCUACUUAAUACUUCUCCUCUGAAGUUUGCCUUGGAAAUAUCUGAUCAAGGGUGGCUUUACAUGAGUCUGUGUUUGAAUUGUUUGUAUGAAACAAUUCACUUGCAUUUUCAGAUGAAGCCACGACAAGAGAAAUAGUUGCUAAGCUAAUUGAAAUUUGGAGUCUAGUCGUUACCUGCUUUUGAAAUGUGCAUUUCUUUGUAAGCUGAUUUUGUUUGCUCUUUUAAAAAAUAGACAAUAGAUGCUAUGGAUACCUGGGAGGAUCUGACAGAACUUGGCUAUCAUCUGGCUGACUUACCAGUAGAACCUCAUCUUGGCAAAAUGGUGCUGUGCGCCGUUGUUCUGAAGUGCCUGGAUCCUAUUCUGACAAUAGCAUGUACCCUUGCAUACCGCGACCCAUUUGUGUUACCUACGCAGGCCUCUCAAAAGCGGGCAGCCAUGCUGUGUAGAAAAAGAUUUACUGCAGGAACAUUUAGUGACCAUAUGGCUCUUCUCCGGGCUUUCCAGGUAUUGUGAGUCUACAAAAAACCCCAAAACACUUAUGAUCUUUGUGAAAUCUAUCAGAAAGCAAGGAGGCACUUAAGCUAGAUUAACACAUCUUGAAAUGUUACCUAGUGCAGUCUAGUAAACUAAUGUUAUCAGAGGCCAAUUACCAAGCCUUUGUACACCUUGUCUGCUAUGGCUGCUGCUUCUUGCCUCCCUCCCUUGCUGUUUGCCACCUGCCACUUGUUCCCCUUUUAAACUGCUGCUAGCUGGAAAAGCAGUGCUAUGUUGAUUGUAUGUGUAUUGUCUUUCUUUGGCCUUUGCUUUAUAAGACUGCUAUUGCUCUAAACUGAGUCUGAGGGUGGGCUGCUUGGAGAUAUGCAAGCCCAGCUUUUGUAUUGCGGUAGCAUUGUUUUAACAAUCAGAAAAGAUGAGUUUCUAAUUUCCAUUGAGCCAUGGCAUUAAUCACCUGGUUCAUCUCCAUUUUCCCAUGAAUCUCUUGUUUUUAAGUUGAAUUAUUGUACACAGAUAAUGUUGGAAGCUAUGCUAUGGGAAAAGUAUGCCCCCGUCCCCUCCUUGCAGUGAGGUAGAUUGCUCUAAUAUUAUGAUUAAGUAAGGAUUAAUUAAAGUUACUUUUAUCCAUGAUGCUAAGGAGAAAGGUUAAUAGCAUACUACCCAUAUUUCCUCAUCUGCCCAUUGAUGCUGGGGGGGGGGGGCCAUGGACUUGCACUUGGAUUCUUCUUUGCAGAGUAGUAUAGCUGUUCCUAGCAACGUUCUGGUAGUUGAACAAUGUAGAGAGAAGCCUUCAAGAAUUGGGUAUUCCCCAAAUGUGUUCCGUUUCUUUUUCACUGGCUCAGAGUACGUGGGGCUUAAACUAUGUCAGGCUUAUGCCAUGACUGUUGUAAAAAGAGCUCAUUCCCCACCUCUCCUGCGGUCAGAUGAGAUUGCAGGGACAGCAAGAGAUUUUGACAGGUGGGCAGGGCAAUCUGCCUCUGAAUUGUGCGAUAUCAUAGCAAUGCCAUAGAUAAAUUAUUGUUAUUCUAGAAAUCAAGGCUUUCUAUACUAAUGAUCUGAACAUCUUGAAAUGUGUGUUUGUCAGGGGUUGCAUUCUAAAUGGUUACUGAAGAAACAUUAACUACUCUGAAAGUUCUUUUAAAUCAACUUGUUUUGCAGGCAUGGCAAAAGGCGCGAAGCGAUGGCUGGGAACGAGCUUUUUGUGAGAAGAAUUUCCUUUCUCAGGCAACAAUGGAGAUUAUCAUAGGAAUGAGAACACAGCUGCUUGGGCAACUCAGAGCAUCAGGUAAUAGAUAUAUAUCUGUAUAUUUAUUAACCUGAAAUCUGCUCCACAAAGUCUUCAAGCUUUCUUCCUGGAUUUCACUGUACUACUGAUUCCUGUGUAUAUGAUCAGGGAUACAGUUGCUAUCUUUUGAGGUUUAUUUUGGAGCAGUUAUCCUACAACCAAACCUUUGGUUUACUUACGCUGAAAGCAUAUUCCACUUGUUACCACAUUUUGAGGUGUUAUGCUAUUGCAGUGGAUUGUAAAUAUGCCCCAGUUAUGUGUAUUUGUGGUUACACUAGUAAUAUUUGCUGUGUAGAUUGUGUAGUGAAUACUUACUGUUCUGUUGUCCUAACAAAAGUGCACCUAUGGCUGCUUUGAGCUUGCUUCAAGCCUCCGUGUUAAAAUGAGAUUUGCAGUUAAGAAGUAGUGGCUGAGUUUUAGACUGUGGAUGGGAACAUCCUUACUAAUGAUUAUUGUAAACCUCUCUGGGAGUGUUUUCCAGCUGGAGAGCAGGGUAAAAAUAAAUAAGCCUGAUAGCCCAUCAAAGCCAAGAGCUAGUUUUAAUUCAAAAUGAGCUAAUGUUUUUGAGUUUGGCUCAGGAGCACAGAAAACUCAAAUGAGGUAUUUUAAGGGGAAUUGUCAGGCGUCAGAGGAUCCAACCCCCACGGCAGGUUGCCAGGAACGGAUAAGACAAGGAAAAGUCCUUACCAUCUGCUUUUUAUUCAAUAUUGACAGAGAGAGGAUUGGAACACAGCCUCUUGGAAUAAUGGUGUUGUCCCAAGUGACUCUCCACCCCCUUUUUCUCCCACUUCCUCAUUCAUCACCUUGUCUCCUAUGGGUGGCGCUGAGGGCCCUUUGCUUCUGAGCCCUUUGCUCUACUACUUUCAAGGCUCGCCGGGUUCUGGGAGGGGCCGGACCUGGAAUGCUUUCUAAAGACACUGUGUCUGUCAGCUGUCCCCCCUCUGGUGUUUCUUUUUCCUCCUCUUCCAUUAUUUCCCAGCUUUCCCCCUCAUCCGCCUCUGAGCUGUGACCUCCCUCAACCCCCUGUAGUAAUUCUGAACUGUCUUCUUCUCUGGAAGGGUCAGGCUGGGGAGGCAGUCUCCACCAUUCCUCCUUUGCCCAGUCCCAGACAGGAAUGAUGUUUCAGUAAGUUUCAGCAGGCAAGAUUGUGUCCUGAGUUAAAUGAGAAAAUGCUGUGUUUGGGUGUUGUUUGUUCUAGUGCAAAAUAACUUUUAUUCUCCCAUUCUGCAACCAAGGCAAGAUCCUUUGCAACCAAAUGCCCGAGUUUCACUGCUCAGAAUGGUAUACUGUUAAUGACAGAGUGGGAGCUAAAAAGGCUAUGCCUGACAUGCGUCUCUGAAGUUAAUAAUAGCUUUCUUAAUUAGCAGGACAUACAUUUCUUUCUUUUUUUCUUUCUAGGUUUUGUAAGAGCCAGAGGUGGUGGCGACAUAAGAGAUGUUAACACCAACUCUGAGAACUGGGCUGUGGUGAAAGGUGCCUUAGUAGCUGGAAUGUACCCCAAUAUAGUUCACGUUGACAGAGAGAACAUUGUUUUGACUGGGCCAAAAGAAAAAAAAGUUAGAUUUCAUCCUACCUCUGUUCUUAGCCAGCCCCAGUAUAAAAAGGUAAGAAGGUAUAAAGUUUAAAAUAUUAGUGUGGGAGAUAAGAGAACCUCAGUUCUUCCGUGAGCUUUGAAUGCUUUGUUUAUUUAGAAAUGUAUUUUGAAUAAUAGCAACCCAUGACCGAUACCAGUUGCUAUUCUUAACGAGGAAGCAGAGAUCUAGUAAAAUAAGGUGGCACAAGUCUUUGCUGAGUUUCUUUGCUAAACUUGUUUCAGCACCAAACGGUAUUCAUAGAAUCAUAGAAUCAUAGAGUUGGAAGAGACCACAAGGGCCAUCGAGUCCAACCCCCUGCCAAGCAGGAAACACCAUCAGAGCACUCCUGACAUAUGGUUGUCAAGCCUCUGCUUAAAGACCUCCAAAGAAGGAGACUCCACCACACUCCUUGGCAGCAAAUUCCACUGUCGAACAGCUCUUACUGUCAGGAAGUUCUUCCUAAUGUUUAGGUGGAAUCUUCUUUCUUGUAGUUUGGAUCCAUUGCUCCGUGUCCGCUUCUCUGGAGCAGCAGAAAACAACCUUUCUCCCUCCUCUAUGUGACAUCCUUUUAUAUAUUUGAACAUGGCUAUAUAACCUGAUCUUGUUUCAGGACGUUUGUGUUGUAAAGGCUUUGUAAAGGAUUCCUCAUGUGGACUGUGCAUCCCACCUCAUGCAGCAGGAUUUUACCCUUUCUUAAGGCUACCUGAUGGGACGCGGGUGGUGCCGUGGGUUAAACCACAGAGCCUAGGACUUGCCGAUCAGAAGUUCGGCGGUUCGAAUCCUUGCCACGGGGUGAGCUGCCGUUGCUCAGUCACUGCUCCUGCCAACCUAGCAGUUCGAAAGCACAUCAAAGUGCAAGUAGAUAAAUAGGUACCGCUCCGGCGGGAAGGUAAACGGCGUUUCCGUGCACUGCUCUGGUUCGCCAGAAGCAUCUGCAUCAUGCUGGCCACGUGACCCGGAAGCUGUACGCCGGCUCCCUCAGCCAAAAAAGCGAGAUGAGCGCCGCAACCCCAGAGUCGGUCACGACUGGACCUAAUGGUCAGGGGUCCCUUUACCUUUACCUUUAAGGCUACCUGACCAUGUACUUUUGAUCUGCAUAGCUUUUUGUGUGUUUUAUAUGGAGCUCCCGUAGUCUCCCAUACAGCAAUGAGGAGGUUCACAACGGUUUAGAUUCAUCAAUGCUGUGCAUUGGGUACUCCCUUCCUAUUUUCUUCAGAGGGCUGGGGAAGUUUGCUUGCAAACGGAUGUUGUAAAUUGUCCCUUUUUAUCGAACCGAAAGAAGCAAUUCUGUUCCUUCUGUGUUACUGCCUAACAGAUUCCUCCAGCAAAUGGUCAAGUGGCAGCUAUUCAGGCACUUCCCACGGACUGGCUCAUAUACGAUGAAAUGACAAGAGCCCACCGCAUAGCCAAUAUCAGGUGCUGCUCAGCUGUGACGCCGGUCACCGUGGCCCUCUUCUGUGGAUCAGCUAGGCUGCCAAGUAAUGCUUUGCAGGAGCCUUCCUCCUUCAGAGGUAUAGUGCUAGAAUAAGAAACGUGGUUUUAAUAUGCAUGUAUGAGUACAUCUAAUCCACUUGCUGACUUGUGUUAGCAGUUGUUAAGAGCUGUUUGUUUCCUGCGCUAAAGUAAAAUAAACAUUUUUUUUAUAAUGGGAAGGGGAAUGUAUCAUCUCAUUUUUGCCUCUUAAAUUCAAACAGAUUGUUGGGUUCUGUUCAUUAUUUUGAAGUCUGGAAGCAGCUUCAUACAUUAUGUUUUCGUGCAGGGAAAGCACCUCACUGUUGGGAAGAAAGUGUGGAUUGUCUUGCCUUUAGCAGCACUUUCAAACAGUUCAUUUUCUUAAUGUUUUAUUAAAAUAAAUAUGAAUGUGGUUACUGUCAUAUAAGCUAACCUGUUAAGUAAAUGAGAUAAAAGCAAAAUGCAGCUGUAUAUUGCAAAUAAAACUAAGCAGAGUACAAAGAAAGAAAGAAAGAAAGAAAGAAAGAAAGAUGAAUUGGAGUCCCAGAAAGCUUGGGUAACUGUAAGAUCUUAAAUGUCAUGACUGUUAUCACCUCAUUCCAGAGAGUGAGUGCUAUCGUUGGGAAGGCCCACUUCUGUGUUGCUAGGUAUCCUGUUCUCAAGUUAUUUAGCGCUUUAAAUGUCAACAGCAAAACCUUGAACUUAGUUCAGUAGCUAAUAGGGAGUGAGUGCAGAUCUUACAACACUGGUGUAACAUGUCAGUCUGGGUGUCCCACUAAGUCACCUAGCAGCUGCAUUUUGCAUUAGCUGCAGCUUCUGAACCAGGCACCAAGGUAGGAAGUUAGCAGAUUAAUCUUGAUGCAUAUUAAAAAUACAUAUCUCUUAAUUGUUGUUGGUUUAAGUACGGAGUACAGUAAAUGUUAAUGCCUGAGAUCUGCCUUUCUCUAAUAUAGUGGAUGGUGUUCCUAAUGACAGCAGUGAUAGUGAGAUGGAAGACAGAACUACUGCUAACUUGGCUGCCUUGAAACUGGAUGAAUGGCUUCAUUUCAAAUUAGACCCAGAGGUGCGUACUUCAUCUGAAAAAAAUUGAAAGGAAAAAACUCAGUCUUGAGAAUUGCUUUCAGCAUUUUGACCUCAAAAUGACUUAAAAUUAGGAUCCCAGGCUCAAAAACUGACCUCUGAAAGAAACAGAACUCUUUGCUCUCUCAUUUUCAAUAUUGGCACCAUCCAGCAUCGUAAUCACUUUUUAUAAAUCUAUGAUGUGACCACAUUAAAAUAUAUGUUCUAGAUACUGCAUCUAAACAAACAAAAACCCCACUGUUGUACAGUAGGAAAUGGUGCACAAAAAGGGGAGUCAAAUAAAUUAAACAAAGGGAUUGGAACCAUUUCCAUAUGAGAAAAGGUUAAAAUGUUUGGAGGACUUGGGAGAGAUCAGCAGCGAGUUGGGGCUUGGUCUUCACCAAUAUGUGGAAUUAAUACCUGAUGAUGAUGAUGAUGAUGAUGAUAUUAAAUAUUAAAUAAACAGCAAGGGGACCUUAGUGUGUUUGUAUAACAUCAUACAUGAUGUGAAGAAAGUCAUUGGAGGUAUUUCCCCCUCUCAGUUAAAUUAAAUUAUGUGGCUUUAGAUUCAGAGAAUGCAUAAUUAACAUGGUAUUUGCUAUUCUAAAAUUUGGUGAUGGCCACUGACAGGUGACUUUAGAAGGUGGUUAGAUUGAUCUUCUAUAAGUGUCCAUUAUAGAGGCUACUAUCUCUACUGGCUAAAUGGAAGCUCCAGAUCUGAUGAAUGUAUGGAGGUUGGAGGUAGGGACGGGAUACAUAAUCCUGUGCAUUUCACCUGGGUGGAAAGAGCAGGUGUUUAAACCAUUUAUUGAUGUUGAUUUAGAUUGAACUCCUCCUUCCCUAGCCAUUCAUGUCCUUUCACCUAUGUAAACGGUGCUGCAAGAAAGCCAUGCAGGGACAGUUUAAUUCUGGACCUAUCUCAGUUCUUCCUCUAUCACUAUGAGAAUAAUCAUCCCAGUUGAAAAACUUGAAAUUCUUUGCCAAUGAGCAUGGUUACAGAUAUAACAGAGGAAUGAAGUAUUAAUUAAAAUACUUUAAAAAAAAAAUAUCUCCCAAAUACUUUGGAACAAAAGGAUGUUUUCAGGAAUCAUGUUGCUGACAUCAAACUUCCUCAAAGUAUCGGAGUUAUCAAAACUAUUUAAUACACUUAUAUUCAAUAAAAGGUCACCAAGCGUUCUUGGAAGGGUCUCCAAGACAUAUAUAUAUAUUAAAUUAUAAACUAUAUUUAUUACAGGCUGCUAGCCUACUCCUGCAAUUGAGGCAAAAAUGGCAUAGUUUAUUUUUACGGCGCAUGAGAGCUCCUUCAAAGCCAUGGUCUCAAGUUGAUGAGGCAACCAUACGAGCAAUCAUUGCUGUUUUAAGCACUGAAGAACAGUCUGCAGGUCUACAGCAGCCUUCGGGAAUUGGGCAAAGACCAAGACCCAUGUCAUCUGAAGAACUUCCUCUAGCGUCUUCAUGGAGAUCAAACACUAGCCGAAAAAGCUCAGCAGAAGCAGAAUUCGCAGAUGAUGCUUUUAAUGCUGAAAGGUCAGUAUCUAGUGGAUAGUACUGUCCACAGUACUGUGCUCUGUGCCUGCCGUGAAUAGGAAGCACAUAGUGUGCAAAGGGUUUAACCCCGUGAGGUGUCUGUAUGCUUUAAAGCUAACCUUGGCCCUCCACAUUUUUUGAGACUCCCAACUCCCAUCAACCUCAGCUAGGAUGGCCCAGUGAUCUGGGAUGAUGGGAAUUGUAGUUCAGCAACAUACAGAGUGCUGUUGGUUGGCCAUCCCUGCUUUACAAGUAGCAAGAAGGGAUGAAGCUGUUGUUUUUCCCCCACCAGAGGUGACAUAAGCUCUCCUCUCUGUGUCCAUUCAUUUCUUGUCCCUCAGCAGUUGCAAACCCACAGUUGUGUCACCUCAAACUAAUACAUUGUAUUUCUUGAUGGAGGGAGAGUUCCUUUCUGUUCUUGACUGGCGUUUAGGCUCCUGACCUAGUCUGACAGUGCAUGCCCAUAGAAAGUCAUACUGUGGUCGUGAGUCUUUUGCAAACAGAAGUGGAAUCUGAGGUUCUAUGCCUGCCUAAAUCUUCCUUGCAUUUUGGUUGACUUGUAGCUUCCACUGACCAAAAUAUCUGAAGCUUUACUAAAAUGCAUUAGGACAAAAUAGGGAUAGCUGGACCAAAACCUAUUUAAGUCCCCCUCCUCUGAACUUUUCAAGCGUGCCUCUCCUGCCUGGUCGGGUAAGGCCAUUGAGGAGGGCAGCCUUACAAACACAAAACUUUAUAUGUAAAGAUACUUCAUGGAAUCCCAGUUUUCUGUUAUGGGGGCAUGCACAUACUCCCUCUCUCACACAUAUACAUGUGCACAUACAUACAUGAGUUUUUUUUAAACUUUAGAAUAUACUGCUAAAAAUAAGAAUUGUCAUGUGUAACAGACACAAGUAUGCUACUGUUCAAGCUUAACGUAAUUUCAGCAUCAUUAAAAAGGUAAUCUAAUAAUACUGGAACAUAUUCAGGACGAUUUUUCAUAAUUUUGAAAUUAGUUUUCACACAACACUGAUGGCUAACAGAGUAGUUAAAAAAAUAAACAGCGUUAACAAAAAAAGCUUAUUGUUCAACAAUACAGUGGUACCUCAGGUUAAGUACUUAAUUUGUUCUGGAGGUCCGUUCUUAACCUGAAACAGUUCUUAACCUGAAGCACCACUUUAGCUAAUGGGGCCUCCUGCUGCCGCUGCGCCACUGGAGCACAAUUUCUGUUCUCAUCCUGAAGCAAAGUUCUUAACCCGAGGUAAUAUUUCUGGGUUAGUGGAGUGUGUAACCUGAAGCGUAUAUAACCCGAGGUACCACUGUAUUUAUUUCUCUUCAAUAUUUAAAAACAAACAGCAAGAAGCGCAAAUAUAUAGGAAAGCAAAGGAAUAUUUAUGAAGGACUUGAGCAUAAUAUGAACUUAGUCUUUAACAUGUUUGUAAAAUCUCUCUAAAACAACUUGAAAAUAUAUAGCCAUUUUCUCUUUCAGAAAUCCCCCCAAAGCAACUUUAAGCUAUGAUAUAAACAAAGAACAGAACAAUACAAUAUUAAGGUAACGUUCCAAUUUUUAAAGCUUUUAAAAAGCGUACUUCAAAGAGUACAAGGCAAUUUGACAAGAGAAAAAUAAAUAGACUAGAUUGCUUACUAAGGAAAUAUAAAAAUAGCGAAUUGCACUUUCCCUUCUCCAGAAAGUUUAAAUUACUUGCUCAUAUGAACUACAGGGGAAGGAAAUAACAAGGCAUUGGUGCUGUUUGAUUCUAGCAGCCAUUACACCAGUCUGCCUUCUCAUACCUAGUUCCACAGUGAUAAAUGGUAACUGGCAAAUGGCUGCUGUGCAUUCUGCUGCUGCUGCUGCUGCUGAAUAACUUGUCUGGAAACCUGUUAUCCUUGCUUGCCUGACUUUGUCCCUAUGCGGCUUUUUGAUGAAUAUUGGGUUGCUAGUAUAUACAGAAAAACUGCUUCCGCCUGUCAACCAGAGGUUGUAACCCCAUAAGUGUGAGCAGAUGGCAUCUUCAGGAAACCCUUUAGAGCAGGGGAGGCCAACCCGUGGUUCUUCAAGAUGCUGUCAGAUUCCAACUCUCAUCAAACCCAGGCCAACAUGGACAAUGGUCAGGGAUCAUGGGAGUUGUAGUCCCAACAUCUGGAGGGCCACGCUUCCCUAUCAGUUCCCUAGAAUUGCUUGAUCCUCAUUAAACAUGGUUUUCUGCUUUCAACUUAACAGAGUUCUAAUGAAGUCUGCAUCUCCAGCAUUUCACCAACCCCUGAAAUACAAAGAGAGAAGCGUCUUGCAUUCCAAACGAAGCACAGAUGAUAGGUCAGACCAGUCGUCUGUGAAAUCUACAGACAGCAGCAGUUUCCCCAGCCCCUGUGCCAGUCCUUCUCCUCCGUCAUCUGGGAAGGUACAGUAGCUGUUCUUUAUCCUGUUUUAAAAUUUUGGAAGCUGCUGACUGCUUGCUGAAAUAAUAAAAUCAGACAUAGUACUCUGGAACUGACAACAUUUUGAAUAUAUCGCUGGUUUGAUUUCCUUUUCUGGAGUGCAUGGUUUAAGCUCUUUCAGAUAAAUUUGUAUGGCUUAUUUCUUUGCCACCUUGAGCCAGGAGUACCCUCUCAGAUGUUUUUGUGUCUAUAUGUAGAGCAGAAACACAAAUACCUUGAGAAUCAUUGAAGAAAAUUAAGGGAUUGGUAGAUCUUAGGCUAAAACAAGAGCCGUAGAAAUGUUUAAAACACAGAGUUUUAAAAGAGCUGACUGCUUUUGUAUAAUCCUGCUCUCUCCUCAAUUCAGUUUUGGUUGACUAUGGUGCUUGAUUCAUUCUCCUAAGAGCCAGAAAACCAGCUCUGCUUAGAUACCAGAGCUGAUUUCAUUUGGUAAAAUAUGACCAGUACAUUUAUCCUACAAGAUUUUUGGGAUUCAACAAGAACUGGUCCUAAAUGUACAGGCUGCUUCUAGAGACCUAUUGACAGCCGAUGGCAGAAGGGGCAGAGCUGCUUGGUUGUCCCUAAACUGUAGUUGUGCUAGAGAGCCCAAUAACAUUCAACUUGAUGUAUUGCAGCAUUGGAUUACUACCUUAAUUUGCAACGUUUUGUAUUUGCAUUCCUUUGACAUCAAAGAUACCAACUAUUGAACUACUUUCCACAAGAAUGGUAUGGUCAUACCUUAAAAAAUACCUUUAAAGGUAAUACCUUAAAAAACCCCACAAGUGUCUAAUCAUUGACCUGUUUUUCAUAUAAUGCUAAGACAGACCAUGGCUUAGUGCAAAUGCAUGAACAUGUAGAUUUCUGCAGACAAGAUUGCAACUGCAAGGCUCCUCUUCCAGGCAUGCUUCUGCCAUGGUACUUGGGGCUGAACCUUAGUGUUACCUUCGGAUCUGUGGUCAUGAUUUAUCUCUUUCCAGAAAAACCACAAGUUGUACCAUGGUUCUUGGUUUACCCCUUAAGGUUUCACUGAUGAAUUUGAAUGUAAUACCCAGCCAAAAGAUAGCCUAUUCCCAGGUAGUGCAGCUGUGGUCUUACUUACUGUUAAUUGCUGGGACAUUGCUGGGUUGAGUGUGUCCAAACAUUACAAAAGGUAUCUGUUUUUGCAGGGCUCCAAGUCUCCUUCUCCAAGACCAAAUAUGCCAGUUCGAUACUUCAUUAUGAAAAGCAGCAACCUGAGAAACCUUGAGAUUUCACAGCAGAAGGGGAUUUGGUCUACAACCCCAAGUAAUGAGCGAAAACUGAACCGAGCCUUUUGGGAGAGCAGUGUUGUUUACUUAGUAUUUUCUGUUCAGGGAUCGGGACACUUUCAGGUGAGAAAUUGAUACACUGAAGUUGAUGAGUAUGUUGCAAAAUUGUUACCAGACUAUAACAACAUCUGCUAUAUUCACAACAUUUACCUUGCUAUAAUUUGUCCUUUUCCUUCCUCUAGUGAUGUAAUAUAGGCAACUUGUGUGUAGAGUUAAUUUCUUAAUUUUUCAAGGACCCAAGUUGUGAUCUGACAAAGGACUGGCAUUUUAAUAAGGCUCUGAAACCUACUAGAAACAGGCAACCUCACAUGAAAAAUGGGGUUGAAAUAUGUCACCCUGGGAGUGACAUAUAGAACUAGAUCCACAAUGUAAUCCUCCUAACUUAUCUUCAUCUUCAUGGUAGUAAACAGUAUCCUCAAACUUCAGCCACUUAACAUUUAUUUUUUAUUUUUUGUAAACAAAAAGCACCUGCGGCAACUAAGCACCUGAAGAAAAACAGCUGACUCUUACAAAUGAAUCUUUACCCCAGACAGUACUAAGAUUCAUGUGGUUUUUCAAGCAAAAAACAACCCAGAUAAGCAGCAAAGUGGCCUCCUUCUCCAGCACUACACGUGGCUUUAUUGAGGGACAUUUUGCCACACCAAAGCAUUUGAAUUUGGCUUGAAAUAGAAAAACAACUUCUAAAACCCUGUUUCUGUUUUAUGAAUUAAUGUAUUGAGGUAAAAAAAGAAAUGCUGUGGGUUGUUUCAAGCAAAAACUGGUCAGAGAAGCAUAUUAAAAUAUUCUCCUGCACACAACACACAUGGUUUUAUUUUGGAUAUCCUGCUCCUCCAAGAAAUAUUAGAAGUCAGCUUGGGAUAAAAAGACACCCCAUAAACCUAUCAGGUUUUUCCCCCUACUAAGCGAGAAUAGAUGCUAUCCAACUAAGCUAUUCUUGGAAUAAACCUACUGAGAUUGAUGGACUUCAGUUAAUUUAUUUCAAUGGUCCUACUCUGAUUUGGAUGUGUUUAAUACAGAGUAACACCUGAUGUGUUUAAUACAGAGUAAAAACUGGUUUUAUUUAGAUUCUAACAUUUUAAAUGUGUCGUAGGGCUUUGCUCGAAUGUCUUCAGAGAUUGGACGUGAGAAGAGUCAGGAUUGGGGUUCUGCUGGCUUAGGAGGAGUAUUCAAGGUGGAGUGGAUCCGGAAAGAAAGUCUUCCUUUUCAGUUUGCUCAUCACUUACUCAACCCUUGGAAUGACAACAAGAAAGUACAAAUAAGUCGAGAUGGCCAGGUAUGUUGAUUUUACAGCUCUGAGUACAAGUAUAUGCUCUAGGAUGGAUUACUUGAUUCCCUCUGUCUUCAUUGUCAAGAAUGUCUUGACAUAGUUCAUUUUUUUAAACCGGUAAUGGCCAGUUUUAUCUCACUAUUUGAAAUAACAUCAAGAUGUAAGAAAUUUCCCUGUAGAGUGAAAUACGUAACUUCGGCUUUGUAAUUGAAGCAGCCUCUACUGAGGCUAGUUGUCAUUUCCAUGUAGUGGUCUCCUUUUUAUAGCCGGGCCUUAUAACACCAUCACUUUCCCCCCUUCCCUGGUGUAGGAACUGGAACCUCAGGUUGGUGAACAGUUGCUACAGCUCUGGGACCGUAUUCCUUUAGGAGAGAAAAAUGCGGCUGAUUGAAAAUACGACGGGCAACUUUUGAGGUAUACUCUCCAGAUGAGAAUGUGAAUGAAUUUGAAGGUUUUCUAACCCUGUUGGUGAAGCUUAGAGAAAGUAGUAGCUGUUCUCAAGUGGUUAUUGAUGUAAUAUUGGAUAGAUCCACACGUCACUAGAUUUUAAGGCUAGGAGAGGGGGAAGUGGAGCUAAAAUACUGCACCAGGGUGACAGCUGUGGAGGGAGGAUGCAGAGGGAAAGGUCAGUAGAGCAGGCAAGUGAAGCAGAAGAUUGCAAGGCCAGCGUAGUAAUUUCCUGUGUUUUAAAAUGCUCUUCCAGAAAAAGCUUGAUGUACAGAGUGGUCACUUGAGAAAAUCACAUUAUCAUUUGCCAAAAUUAAGCAGAAGUUUUUGUUUGACGAAUAAAGACUUAAAACUUUGUCGUUCUCCUCCACAGUUCCACCUCCUGUGAAAUAGAUAAUGUGCUAAGAUCACCAGUGCACCUAAAGAAGGAAAUGCCUGAGGGAAAAUGGGCUGCAGGCAUUCAGCAGCACUCCUCUAGCACAGACUAGAUUUGAUUCUGUGUUCUGGUUUGAAGGAAACAAUGUGGACUGCUCUUAUUUUCAUUGAGAAGUUUGUUCUUUUUCAUUCACUUUGAAGUUUCAAAUGUUAAGACACCCAAACUCCAAAUGGUGGGUCACCAAAGCAGACCAAAGCUGCUGUUUAAAUUUUAACCAUGUUGUAAUUUAAAGCAGUAGGUCUGGGAACAAUGAGUAAUAUUCAUCUUGAUAGAAUCCUGUUCCGACAAGGCUCAAGGGAAAAUAAAUGGAGGUACAGCUUCGAAGUUGAAAGGGUUGGGAACACCUGCUACUGGACUAAAACUAAAACACUGAGUAGACAAAGCAGUGAAAAGAACCUCCUCCCCUCAGAUUAAAUCCAAUUUAAAUGAUGAGUGCCUUUUGUCAGAAAGCUGGCUUUGGGGUGUUUUAAUUUUGACUUUAUUCUGUGUCCAUUAUGUGCUUGCAGAAAUGGGCAUGGAUUUCCUAAUUCUUUGCUCGUAGCAGGUGCAUCAGGAACAGCCUCUUCACUUUUGACGGAAAGGUAUCUUUAAGGAACCAUUUUGUUUUGAUUAGCCUUCCUCUUAAAACAAUCACCAGCAACUUUUUUCUCCUUCCCAAAAUUGCCUACAAGUUCCUUGUAGUGUGCCCUUUUGAUUUUCUUUUUCAAUUGCCAUAUUUCUUUUGAAUUGAUUUGUCUAAAUAGCUCCCUCCUACAUUGUGCAAAUAUAUAAUCUGUUGUACUUUGCUUGUACAGCCCCCCACUCAAUCUCUUUCCUGUAGUUUCAUUUUUUAAAAGCACGAUGGCCAGAUCAGCUUUUCUGCAGAGCAUUUGAACAGGGAUGGUUUAAUUACUGAGCAGUCUUCUAAGUUAAGAAUGUUUAAAAGGCAAUUAUUUGCCACAAACCACUAAUAAAAGGAUAAAACUACAGUGGAGUAGCUUUUACAUGAAUUUGGGAUUUGAAUUUCUUGGCUUUGCAUUUCAUUGUUAAGGGUUUUUUACAUUUUCAUGUAUAGAUUGACUUAUUUGUGAUUCUUGAGCAUGUGUAAUUGAGUUCCUCUGUACAUCUCGUCGCAUUUUCUUGUUAAUUUUUACUAACUAAUGCCAGUCAUUUACCAGUUUACCAGUUUUAAGUUGGAAAUAAGAUGUAUUUAGAAUAAAGCCAUUUUGUUUUUAGCUGAUUGGUGUUUUGGAGCAAUUUCUACCACAGAGAGUAACCUGUUAUCAAAGCACUAUAUCUACCAAGAAUUAGUUCUUCACAUCUGAUUGUUAAAUUGCAUUCAUUGUCAGGUUGUAUAUAGCAACAAUAAUGAUUCUGUUCCAGUUCUUCUUCAGGUACCAUUGAUAUACAAACUGCAGUAACCUAAUAUAGCUUAAAAAGGAAAUUAGGAAGAAGGCUGUCUUACAUGUUUCUUCUAAAUGUCUUCAAGAUCAGGAUUCAGAUGCAGCUACUCUCGGGUACAAAGGAAAUGUGAUCAGUUACAUGCUUUUUUGCUAUAGGCUAGAUAUUUCUAAAGCACAAAAUAAUAAUAAGUUAUAUGAAAAUAUAGUGUCAGCAUGGUUGGGUUGUAUGUACAUUCCUCCCCUAAAUAAAGUUUAUAUGCACACAGGUCUAUUAUUCCUGUUAGUGAAUUUCAUCGACUUCUAAAAAGCUGAAUAAUCUUUUUCAUAGUACGACUUAAUUCUGCGUAAGCUUAAAGGGUCCUCCUUUCCUAGUCACUGCUGCAGGGUUAAGCAGUCACUACGUUCUGGACUGAUAGUUCACUGUUCAUUUGUCUUUCCUUAUCUACCUGGGCCUUUUAAUCAAAAUGAAAGGUGAGUAGCCGGUGGAGAAUAUGGUUCCUAUGAUGUCUGCUCUGCUCUGGAACCGAGGUGUGUGCUCAUAAAUAAAGUAGCUAUAGUGCUGAAAACUAGGGGAGUAUGGUAGGUAAAGACAAAGCUGUUUCCAAGUGUUUGGAAAUCAAGAUAUUUCUUCCUGUGUGUACAUAUCAAGUUGCUAUAUGUCCUUUUACUGUCCAUAUGUAUUUUUAUGGGUUGGCCUGUCUAAAUCUCAAAAUCCAAAAGUUCCUGAUUCCUUUCAUAGCCAGCCCUCUUACUUUGCAUGCAUUACAGUCAAAAUGGGUCACAACAAAGAGUGAUAAAAUAUGAAUGUAUCAAUGAAGCGCUCUCUUCUCUAGCUCCAUAUACAGUGGUACCUCGGGUUAAGAACUUAAUUCAUUCUGGAGGUCCGUUCUUAACCUAAAACUGUUCUUAACCUGAGGUACCACUUUAGCUAAUGGGGCCUCCCACUGCCGCUGCACUACCGCUGUGCGAUUUCUGUUCUCAUUCUGAAGCAAAGUUCUUAACCCGAGGUACUAUUUCUGGGUUAGCGGAGUCUGUAACCUGAAGCGUCUGUAACCCGAGGUACCACUAUAAAGAACAAACAGUUUAAUAAUAACAAAUGUAUAGUUGAAAAGUGCUGAGGCUUAGGUAGUGGAGCUAGCAGAGCUCUCCAAUGACAAUGAAAACAGCAAAAGCAUGAUCUGUUUUGAAGAGCUGUGGCAGGAGGUAAGAGGCUCAAGGAUUACAAGCGGGAACUUCAGUGAAAAAUACCUGAUCUAGGUGGUAUGUGGCAGUUAACAGACUAUCCUGCUUUGCUCAUUUAAUAACCUUGCCUUGUCAACAGCCUUCUUUUCUUUUCUUUAUAUUUAUUAAAUUUGUAUACCGCCCUUCAUCCAUAGAUCUUUGGGCAACUCACAACAU